AUGAUUCCACUGGACAAUCAGUUGAAUUAUUGUUAUCCUUCCGUUAGAAAUUUACUGUAUGUUAAGUUUCCGGUUUGUGAAAAGAUAAACAGAACUACAGUUGGUCAGAAGCUUAUUGAAGUUUAUCCAGAUUUGGAAUAUGAUGUGAAAAGACAUCUAGAUCGCCUGCAUACACGUUGGGAGGAACUAGUUGAAUUAGUUCGACAUAUUUCAAAUGUAAUUGGUCAAGAUAAUAAAGAAUAUGAAGCAAAACAGACAUUUAGAAGUGUUUCAUGUGACAAGUUACCACCACCUGAUGAACUUGAUAUGACCACAUUGCAAACACAGAUAAAGGAGUUUGAAAAAAGACUUAAAGAUUAUGCAGACAGGAUCAGUGUUAUAAAUAUUUUAAAGAAUCAAGCUAGUGCACCUGAUUUCAGUCAAAGAGAGGAGUUUUCUGCAAUUAUCAGUGAUCUUGAGCGUAGAUUAUCAGCAUUAAAUGAACCACUGAAUCAAAAAGUAAUGAAUUUACAACUUCUGCAAACAUCAACUAAAGGUAUGGUAGAACUAACCUUGGAAGGUGCAUGGGUCAGAGAGAAGUUGUCACAAAUUGAAAACCUAUCGAAAGCUUUGGAACUUGAUCCAUUAAAAGCCUAUCAAAUUGGUCAAAGAUUAAUGGUAAUACACUGUUUGCAAAGACAGCUAAAAAGUCAUAUACUCGAAGCCAACAAUCGUAGACCAAGAGUAAAAGCUUUAUGCAAAAAUCCACAAUCAUACUCCUGCUUAAUCCACGAAAGCCUUACUAUUUAUUUGAGAUUGACGGAGAAAUCGAAUUCAACUUCGCAAUCCCGUUACAAGGUGAACGAGAAGGACAAUUUCAAGUGUUGA